GUUGGUCCCUGGCGCUGGGGAUCGCCUGGGCCUGGCUGACACCUUUGGACACUUUCACCUGUCGGCCAUCUCCUCUGAUGGAUGUGAGCUUGUCCCAGCCUGGUCGUUUGAGCUUCAGUAUUGUGAGGCUGGCGGCUCACCCUUGCCUGUGAAUCGGGCUGUGCUCUGCUUCGAAUUCUUGCGGGGGCCAUGGGAAGUGGUUUUCUCCCAGCAGCUGGGGGAACGGAUCAUGUUCUGCAGAUUGCCCAUGGACGAGGGUCAGAAGACGAGUCAGGUCUUCCAGUUUGCCUUUCACAGCGCCCCCAUCACGUGCUUCCGAACGAAUGCUGCACGCACCACCCUGGUGUCAGCUUCUUCUGAUGGGACCUUGAAGAUGACAGAGACAUCUGGAGGGGCCUUGCUGGACCAUGUGAGGAAUGCCAUGACUGCCGUUCCCACUGCAUUGGCAUUCCUUGGCCCUGUCAUGGUGGCUUGCGGAUCCAGCGACGGGGUGGUGUCCCUAUGGGAUGUUUCUGCCAAUCGAUUGGUUCCUAGCCAGAGGCUAGCUGUGAGCCCAAUGGCUAUCACCAGCAUUGCCGGAUUCGUCCCUCAAGAACUGCUUUCACAAUGGUCCCCUGCUCGUGCAUCCACAGACCAACUUGAUGUCGGUCUCAUUGGAACGCCUCCACAGCCACCAUGGAUGGUCACAGAAACCAGUGCUGGAAAGGCGCCUGUCAUGCUGGCCGCAGGCACAGCGCAUGGGGUGACUCACGUAUGGAGCCCCAACCCCAAGGAUGACUUUGACUGGGCACUGAAAUUCAGUCUUUGCGAGGGUGUGGUAGGGCCAGCUGUGGGCUUGACUUUCAGCCCUUGUGGAUCCUUCCUCGCAUCUAUCACAGGCUCCUCUCCACUGUGGGUUGCAUGCGCUGCUGCCUGCGCCAAGUUCCAUCCUGCCAUGUUGCCAACAGUCAUGCAACAUUUCGCAUGCAAUUGA